GUCUGGCAGCUACGACCUUGUGUUUGAUGGGGAGGAGGAGGAGGGGGAGGGCAGGGCAGAGGGGGAGGGACGGAGGGGCAUGCAUGCAGGAGAGCCGAAGAGGAGGGAGGGGAAGGAGCGAGACGGAAGGGAGCGUGGAGCAGGCAAUGGCGCUGCGGCUGGUGGUGGCGCUGGUGGCGGUGCGGAUGUGGCUGCUCUUACUGCAGAGGCCCUAGCCCGUGCGCGGGAGAUUGCUGCUCGGCUCAAUGGGGAAAGGGGGCGAGCGAGGGGAGGAGGUGGCGGCGAGGAAGGAGGACGGGGUGGUGGGAGUCCGAGGCAGGACGGGAGGCGAGAGAGGAAGAGGAGGUGGGAUGAAGGAGGAGAGGAGGAUGGAGGAGAGGAGAGGGGAGGAGUGGCCCGGGAAACAAGAGUGGUGGACGAGAGGGGGAGCGGGAGGAGAGAGAGGGGUGAGGAGAGGGGAGUUGUGAGGAGGUAUGGGAAGAACAGUGAGGAAGGAAGGGAGAAGUGGGAAAGGAGGGAAGAGGAGGAGAGGGCUAGGAAGAGCGAGGAACAAGUGAGGAGGGAGAGGGGAGCUGGCAAGGAGAGAGAUGGCAGGCGAGGGCUUGAGGAGACGCUUGGAAGAGGAGAGGGGGGCCCUCGGGGGGGAAGGGAGGAGAGGGGAGGGAAGGCGGAUGGAGGCAGUGGGCAGAAGCAGCACGGAGAUGAUGGGCGUGGGGGAGACGGGCGAGGCAGAGGAGAGAGGCCCUCCUGGAGGGAGGAGGCGGAGCGAAAGAGGGGGAGAGGGGACGAAGGAAGGGAGAGAGAGGAAGAGGGAGGGACGAGAACGAGGGGUGAAGAGGGAAGAAGAGGGAAGGGGGAAGAGAAAGUUGAGGAGGCGAGCAGGAAGAGAACGGGUAGACAGAGUGGGUAUUCAAGAGAUGGAGAGAUCAGUCCAGCGAGGGAGGGAGAGAGGAGCGAUAGGAGUGAAGAAGGUGGGCGAGAUUCAACAAAACGGCGUGAGAGGAGCAGAGAAGUGGGCUGGGAGGAAAAAAGGAGCAGGCCUGAAGAGGAAAGGAGGGGCAGGCCUGAAGAGGAAAGGAGGGGCAGGCCUGAAGAGGAAAGGAGGGGGAGAGACGGGGGCAGGGACAGCACAAGGCAUGGCAAGGGGGAGCAUGGCGUUGGGCAUGCUGGGGAGAGAAGAGGGAGGGCGGGGGAUUGGGAUGAUGUGCCUUCGGGAGAACGACGGGGACGAGGAGAGGGGGAACGGGAGAGGGGAGAGGACAGGCGAGGUAGAGAGUUCAAGGAGCAUUUGGGAGAAGAAGGAACGCGGGAGAAGAGAAAGGAUUGGAGAGAGGAGAGGUGAGACAAGAGACAAGGAAUAGGAUUGAAAACACUUCUCUUACUGUUCGGAUUAGGAAGUGAACUCACACAAGGGAUACGAGGGAGGGAGCUAUACGGUUGGGAGUUGUACUCUCUAAAAGCAUGUACCCAUCUAGCCUAAAACUGCCACCGUAAUCACCCGGAUAGACGCCCCUAGGGGCGUUUAUAGGACUGGUUUGAAAACGUGGGGGGGCGUUUAAUUGAAAAAAAUAUAUACGCCCGUGGGCGUUUAAAAAGGUAUAUAAGGAAAUUGAUUUUUC